UUCCUUCAUCAACAUUUGUUCUUCUUUUUUUUAAUUAGACGAGUGGGUACGUUUUUCUUUUUACUUGACAAAUCCCGACAGUGAGACGUUGGAGGGUCCCGGUCACAGGCGCAAACCCAUAUUGCGCCAAAUCAUUUUGUGCGCGUUGAAAAUGCGUUACGAGCUGAGAGGAAGGAUGGCGAUGACCCUGACAAAAACAGUUAAUCUCAUCACAGGCCUGGUCAUUGUUUUCCAGUUACAAAUAAGCUUCAUGAAAUUAAAAUCCGUGUAUGGAGUCUAUCGUACUGACACACAGGGCCUGUCUCCUCCAGAGAGGGGAUCGUAUGUAGUCGCAGGGAACAACAAGCCCAGGGAGAGGAGUCCCAGGUCUGGGGCCCCCAGCUCUGCUGCAGAUAAGAGGGGCCACUACAGAGACCAGCACCAACCAGAAGAGGCAGAUCCAGACCUGCUGAUGGAGGAGGGACACGACAACUCUUCACAGAUUGUGGACAUUGAUCACGCCUACUAUACAUCUAAAGUGUACGGCUCUGGAGACGCAGCCAGUAAAGAGCUGUGGGUGAACGUCGAUGAGAUGGAGGAGGAGGAGGAGUGGAAAGUCUGUGGCUUCCUGUCCAGCACCCACAGACAGGCUGAGAGAGUGAAUCUUUCCUUCGGCUUCCCUUUCUACGGACAUGUACUAAAAGAAAUCACAGUGGCAACUGGAGGUUUCAUUUACACUGGAGAUAUAAUCCACCGGAUGCUCACAGCCACUCAGUACAUCGCCCCUCUGAUGGCAAAUUUUGACCCAAGUCUGUCCAAAAACUCUACUGUGUUUUACUUUGAUAACGGCACCGCACUGGUGGUUCAGUGGAACCGGAUUCACCUCCAGGACAACGUCAGUCUUGGACCUUUCACCUUCCAGGCCGCUCUGCACAGUGACGGACGCAUUGUCUUUGCAUACAAAGAGAUUCCUUUAGAAAUCAACGACAUCAGCACUGAGAAUCAUCCUGUCAAAGUGGGCUUGUCGGAUGCUUUUGUGGUGCUUCAUGAGAUCGAGCAGAUCCCCAAUGUUCGGAGGAGAACCAUUUAUGAGUAUCACAAAGUCGACAUCCUCAAGUCCAAAAUCUCCAACGCUACAGCUGUGGAGAUGCUUCCUCUCCCUAGUAAGUUCAUCCCAUUUAAAUGUCUCCAGUUCUUCAGCUGUGGUCCAUGUGUCACUUCUCAGAUUGGCUUUAACUGCAGCUGGUGCAGUCGGCUACAAAGAUGCUCCAGUGGCUUCGAUCGUAACCGGCAGGACUGGGUCGACCUCGGCUGCCCGGAGGAGAGAAGAGAUCCCCGGUGUCUCAGACUGACAGACGCCACAAACACCACAUCGCGCCACCUCUCACAUACGCCCGCUCCUGUUACGACGACCACAAUGCAGCAGAAGACCGCCAGCAUGACCUCCACCCCCCUACGCAGGACGUCCACUGCCAACCCGUCAACACGCAGCAGCAAAAGCAGAAGAAUAAUCUCCACUCCACAGCCUCCAACCAGCAAACCUGCAGAAGAAGACACAAACAUCUCUUUGCACAUCAGUGAAGCACCAGGACACCAGGAGACGACAGGAGGGAGCGAUGAGCGGCCGCAGACUGGUCUACUGGCGGGCAUCGUCAUGGUGAUGGUCAUCAUGGGAGCAGCCGUCCUCAUGUCUGUCUACAUGUACAACCACCCCACCUCCAGCGCCAGCCUCUUCUUCAUGGAGCGGCGGCCGACCCGCUGGCCCAUCAUGAAGUUCAGACGGGGCUCAGGUCGCCCCUCUUACGCUGAGGUGGAGGCUCCCGGUCAGGACAGAGACAGCGCGGUGGUCAUCGACCCCAAACAGUCUUUCGUCAUGUCAGACAGAAGAGAGAGUGAACAGAAAGAAGGAUUCAUAGUUCCUGAUCAGAGGGAGCGCUUCUUAGUCUCAGAGAGCUCCUGACCAAAACUACGUAUCCCCUGGAUCGCUGUGUGAGGGAGACUUAUUAUUUUCCACUCAGCUGCUCAAGUUCAAUUUAAGAACACAAUUUGAGUGUCCGAGAGAAAAACGUCAAACCUCUAUGAGGAGAAAGUAUCUACAGAACAUUUUAUUUAGUUUGCAUUAGCUGUUUAACACAUAAUGUAACAAAGAGAACUUGUAUUUACUUUGCUCAGGUCACUCGUUCGUGUUUACCGCCGCUGAAUGUUUGUUUUGAGACCACUUUUCUCAAAGACGGCUGUUAGUGUCGUUCCCACACCUUCUUCACAAGGAGGAAUGUUGUGUUCGGGUGUCAUUUCCUCAUCUCAAAAAUACAGACUAAAUUCCUCUCCAUGACACCAUCUGAGGGGCGCAGUGUUUCACUGCUGUUUACCCCGAGCGUAACGUUUAUACCCUGAAACAAAAUGUCUGCAACUGUUGGAAUUUUUACUUUUAUUUUCUGAACUAAAGGCAGACAACAUACUGAUUGGUUUGCUGUACAAAUGUACAAUUCAACAUCUUUCUAACAUGCUAUCAUUUCUCCCACGUAUCUGUAUACUUAUGUAAAUAUAGCUGAUAAUUGUAUCUUCAGUCACUGAACUGUAUAGCUUUAUCCAUCAGCAAGAAAUGGACAAUUAAUGUCAAAAAUACACCUAUAAAUGUAUUAUAAUGAAAACAUUAGGAUUGUUUGUAUUUCACCAGUUUUAUCUCACCUUUUGGAUAAUCUAAAAAAGCCUUAGCGAGCUGAGGCUUUAGUCUGCUGCCUCUUUACCAGAUUGAUCAAUGCUGAUACAACACUGUUAAUAAAGUCAUUUUAUCUACUGUACUUUAGGUAAGUUGACACGAGAAUAAAGUUUCUUAUGCUUUCAGUGA